CGCCUCUCGAGCGGCAGCCAGUUCGCGGCUUUGGUCUCACCUCGUGGAUACGAUGCGGCGGCGGCCGCUCGGGCGAGGCUGAGGCUGAGGCCGGACCGACACGACGACGGGCCGGGAUGAGGCGGCGGUGGUGGUGGUGGCGGCGGCGGCCGCCGCUGCUGCUGCUGUUGUUGUUGUUCCUGAGCCUGGCUAAUGGCGGCGGCGCGGUCUACACCAACACGUGGGCCGUGCGACUGGCCGGAGGGGCCCAGGCCGCCCGGAGGAUCGCCCAGAAACACGGCUUCACACACUUGGGACGGGUAUUUGACGAUGGAGAAUAUUACUACUUUAGACACGAAAGCGUGGUCAAGCGAUCCCUUAAUCCACACCAAAUGCGACACAAGCUUCUUGAAAGGGAGCCCAAGGUUCAGUGGCUGGAGCAGCAAGCAGUGAAAAGACGGCAGAAGCGUGCAUUUGUCAUUCCUUCAGAUCCUUUAUAUCGUAAGCAGUGGUACUUGAACAAUGAAAUUCCCAAUGACCUGAAUGUGCUGUCUGCCUGGAAACGGGGUUACACGGGCAAGGGGAUUGUGGUCAGCAUUUUGGAUGAUGGGAUAGAGAAGAACCAUCCGGAUUUGGCUGCAAAUUAUGACCCCAGUGCAAGCUUUGAUAUCAACGACAAUGAUCCUGACCCACAGCCCAGAUAUAACUUUAAUGAUGAAAAUCGACAUGGAACUCGUUGUGCAGGCGAAGUGGCUGCUGUAGCCAACAACAUAUGUGGAGUUGGUGUAGCGUUCAAUGCCAAGAUAGGUGGAGUUAGGAUGCUUGAUGGUGAGAUCACUGACAUAGUGGAGGCUCGAUCUCUCAGCCUUAACCCUCAGCACAUUCAUAUCUAUAGUGCCAGCUGGGGCCCUGAAGACAAUGGGAAGACUGUGGAAGGACCAGGACUGCUGGCAACUCAGGCAUUCCUCAGGGGUAUUACAAAUGGUCGAGGUGGCCUUGGUUCUAUCUUCGUCUGGGCAUCUGGUAAUGGAGGCUUCCAGUAUGAUAACUGUAACUGUGAUGGUUAUACCAACAGUAUCUACACGCUGUCUGUGGGGAGCACAACUGAACUGGGAAAUGUCCCGUGGUACAGCGAGGCCUGCUCUUCAACCCUGACUGCCACUUACAGUAGUGGGACCAGAGUAGAAAGACAGAUUGUGACUACAGACCUCCGUUUACGAUGCACGGAGAACCACACCGGAACAUCUGCUUCAGCACCGCUAGCAGCGGGGAUAAUAGCUCUUGCAUUGGAAGCUAACCCUACACUAACUUGGCGUGAUAUGCAACAUAUUGUUGUGAGAGCAUCUAAGCCACUGAAUCUGAAGGCAGAUGACUGGGCCAGAAAUGGUGUGGGACGCAAAGUGAGCCACCAUUAUGGGUAUGGACUACUGGAUGCUGGACGUCUAGUGGAUUUAGCCACAAAAUGGCUGACGGUGCGUCCACAGAGGAAAUGCUCCAUCGAGGUUAUUAAAUCCCCACAAGUUAUCUCCGGAAAGCUUACUAUCAGGAAGAACGUGGUCAGCGCUUGUUUGGGAACUAAAAAUUACAUCCGGUCGCUUGAGCAUGUGCAGGCUCAAAUUUCACUGGCGUACAGUCGCAGGGGAGAUCUGGUGAUAUCCCUCAUCAGCCCCGGAGGAACUCGCUCCAAGUUGGUUGACGUAAGACCUUACGACACCUCAUCCCAAGGGUACAGAGACUGGACCUUCAUGACGACACACUCCUGGGAUGAAGACCCCAAAGGCUUGUGGACGCUGGAAAUUGAGAAUAAAGGGGAUUUCACAAACACUGGGGUUCUGACCUACUUUGUGCUGCAGUUAUACGGCACUGAUGAAAACAUGAUGGCAAGACGCAUAACUGAUGCAGUGAUCAGUGACUGUAAGAAAUGGAACGAGAAUGGAAUCUGUGAAGAAUGCGAAGGUCCUUUCUUCAUCUUUGGACAUCUGUGCGUCACUUACUGCCCUCCACGCUAUUAUAAUGUCACAAGGACUCUAGCCAAGAACAACCUUAACAGAAGCAUCUCCGUAAAUGUCUGUGUUCCUUGCCAUUCGUCCUGUUACUCUUGUAGUGGUAACUCUGUAAAUAACUGCAUAGCGUGUCCUCCGUUUUCUAAUUACGAUGAAAAGCGACGUUCCUGCUCGCCUCCCGUUUAUCCCAAACAUUCGGGGAUAAGCGAUCCGGUCAACUCCUCCAGGGAGCAUCACAAAAUUGCGGUGAUGGUUGCCAUCCUGAUUGGAGCUCCCGUGGCCGUGAUGUGCGGCAUCACGUCACUGUCGUGGUUGAUGUACCGUCUGAGCGACCAGCAGACCGUAAUGGUCACCACCUCCCCAGUCGAAAGUUUAGAGAGAACACAACUCCAGGCACAGGGAGAGCAAGUGGACGAAGGAACCGGAAGCAGCGAGACGGAAUCAACGUACUUUAUCACACGGUUGGAGCCACAGCGGGAUCAUUAAACCAGUAAAUUUAAAAAUG